AUGAGAUCUCGGCAUCUCUGUCCUUCUUCGUCGCGCGUCACUGCUUCGUUACUGCUCUCGUUCCUCGCAGUUGGCGGUGCAUCGCUCGCCGCGCCGCCGACGCCACCCACUGCUCACCACGAUGACAAAGAGUUCUCCCUGCGGCACAUUUUCCACCAUGGCGUCUACGAAUAUCCACAACUGCAUCGAAGACUCGAUGUACCUGAGAAGGCGGCAGUAUGGGUAGCGGAUGAACCCGUUCCUCGCCUGCGUGUCAAGGCAGCCUCCAUGUCUAUUCAGCGACUGGCGGACCGAAGCAAAGAGACGAUAGAUGGCAUACUGGAAUGGGGUAGAACCAAGGGCAGGGCCGUGCAGCUGGCCGAGGAAGACUGGACUAUCGACGACAUCGCAGGGCCAAACGUUACCGACAAAGAGACGGUCCUGAGUUUCGCGCGCAUGGCCUCGGACGCCUACAUACUAGAACCCAACACAGGACAGUGGGAGGACGUGGGUGGUGGCUUCAACUACACCGAAGACUUUGGUUGGGAGUCGGAUGGUCUAAGAGGGCACAUCUUCGCCGACACGGAGAAUUCGACGAUUGUCAUAGCCCUCAAAGGCACGUCGCCGGCCAUGUUCGACGGCUCCGAGACGACGACCAACGAUAAGAUCAACGAUAACCUCUUCUUCAGCUGUUGCUGCGGUCAAGGCGGACAGUACUUGUGGCGCCAAGUCUGUGACUGCCAAACGUCGGCGUAUACCUGCAAUUCGACCUGCCUGGUCACUGCGCUCCGCGAGAAGAACCGCUACUACUACGCUGCGCAGAGUCUAUAUCACAACGUCACUGCACUGUAUCCAAAUUCCGAGGUUUGGAUGGCCGGUCAUUCACUUGGUGGUGCCGUGUCUUCGUUCCUAUCUCUUACAUUCGGACACCCAGCAGUCACUUUCGAGGCUGUCCCAGAGGCUAUGCCAGCAUCCCGCCUGGGUCUACCGGUUCCACCAGGUCACCAGAUUGGUACGCUCCAGCGACGUCCUUUUACGGGUGGGUUCCACUUUGGACACACUGCAGACCCUGUGUACAUGGGAACCUGCAAUCAAGCUUCGAGUGUAUGUACGAUUGGCGGCUACGCCAUGCAAAGCGUCUGUCACACUGGCCAAAAAUGCGUGUACGAUACUGUCAAGGACUUUGGCUGGCGUGUAGGCAUCGGUACCCAUAAAAUCGUCGAAGUCAUCCGCGAUGUGAUUGAAAAGUACGAUGCGCCUCCAAGGUGCGAGCCUUACCUUGACUGCACUGAUUGCUAUACCUGGGAGUACUUUGAAAGCAACGGUACCGAGACGACAACCAGCAGCUCUAGCAAACCCACGAGCACAUUUAAAACGAGCUCGUCUACCAGGACUAGAACGGAGACGUGUAAGACACCGGGCUGGUGGGGAUGCCUGGAUGAGUCCACGACGAGCGGUCACGGCAAGACUACAAGCACUUCGUCUUCGUCUUCAUCCACAUCCACCUGCAAGACCCCUGGCUGGUUCGGCUGCCUCGACGAAAGCACCACCACCACCACCACAACGACCACCACUUCAAAAACGCACACCACCUCCCCCGCUCCAGCACCCACAGCCUCAACCACCUCGUCUUCCCCAACCUCGACUUCAUCAUGUAGAUAUCCAGGCUGGUUUGGCGGCUGUCUAGACGGCGAUGAACCGCCCGCUCGUACUCAUCAUCCUACGUCGUCCAAGCCUAGUGUCACGGCCAGCGCAACCUCGUGUACAUCCGAGGGUUUCUUUGGCCUGAUAUGCUGGGACAAGUCGAAGAAGAAACAUACAAGCACGAGCUUGACGCCGGCACCGGCAGUUACGGAGAGAAUGGAGAUGUAA